AUGCUCGUCUUAAUCCCUGGUAUCUCUGGAAACAUGGGCACCCACCUUGCCAGAGCAGCAAUUGCUCGAGGCCUCUUAGUCCGUGGCCUAGGACGUGAUGCGUCCAAGGUCCCAGAAGACGUCAAGCUCGAGUCGUUCGUGACGAGCACCUCCUACUACGACGUUCCUGCCAUCGAAAAGGCCGUCCAGGGGGUCGAUGCUAUCAUCUGCGCCUACAUGUCGACAGAUGUGCUCGUUCUUGACGGCCACCUCAUCCUCCUCCGGGCUGCCGAACGCGCAGGCGUCAAGAUCUUCUUCUCGGCGUCUUGGAACAACGACUGGACCAAGAAUAAGUUUGGCGACUUUGAGCACUAUGAUGCUUAUAUCGCUUUUCAGCACCAAGCCGCUUUGACCAGCCCUAUCAAGCCCGUGUACAUCUUCAAUGGGUUCUUUGACAGUCUCUUGUUCACUGUCUUUGGACCAGGUGGAUUCGACACGACGGGCGAAGUGCCAACCCUGAAGUACUGGGGUGAUGAGCCAAACCGCAAAUUCUGGUGGAUUGCGCAGGAGGACGCAGCUGCUUGGACGGUUGAGCUCCUGUUCAACAAGGAUGUCCAAGAGGGCAAAGGUGGCGUGUUCAGGUUCAGGUCUGGAGAAGUCACCCUUGAUGAGCUGGCGGCGGCAUAU